GUAAUUUCAGAUUGAUAAUGAUCAUUACUGGCAGUAUUGUGGGCGGUUUGCUUCUGCUAGUAUUCAUGAUAACGCUAACUGUGAUAUUAUUAACACUAUUGAAUCAGAGUAUCGGACCACGUUUUGCUGUAAAAGGUGAAGAAGGUUACCUCUUAGUUCCGCUGGAUUCUUCUGAUUAUUCCGAGACCACACCCACUUCUAAUCGCCCAUCGAUAAUUGGUAAACCACCGACUGAAGUCCAUGCCAUCGAAGGACAAGAAGUCGUGUUGAAGGUUCGUUUCCACGGUGACCCGACGCCCAAAUUGUCAUGGAAACAAGACGGGGAGGAGAUUGAUUGGGAGAAUUGCUCUUUUAUGCUAAAAAAUGGAGCAAUUGUGUUCCCUUAUGUAGAGGUGGCUCAUUCUGGUGAAUAUGAAGUGACUGGUAGCAAUGACAACGGAUCAGAAUCAGUGUCCAUUGUACUCACUGUAUAUCCAGAGACUGAUUUAAUGGCUCCACUUAAAGAAGGAGUUAUUUCUUCUGUUAGGAUACCACUGGAGGAGUUCGGGCAGUAUGUGAAUAAUCUCCGUAAUAAUAACAAUAAGUUGUUCAGAGAGCAAUUCAAGGUAUUAUAUCAAUGUUAUACCCGUAUGACUAACCA